GGUGUCAUGCAUCAUCAAGUGAACUGUGAGAUAAACAAUUACAAAUUGGGCGAGUCUCGGGGCCUCGCGUGCGGCCAACGACGCAAGAAUAAUACCAUCGGGACGCUUCGUAUCAAACAGUAGACUGUUGCAAAUAAACGCGCGAACAGCCCCCAAAUAGUAAUGAAGGGCGCCUUGCACCGCCCCAUUGGGCGAAAGCUUCUUAGAGGCAGUGAGCGUGUGGCUACAGCCGCUCGCCGCGUUGGCUACUGCCCCAGCUCUGCGCGGCCGCGUGCCAUGGCUGCGGGCGCGGGGGGCGAGGGCUUCCGUGGCGAAGUAACGUCCCUCAAUGAAGGGAAGAGCUUUCAAGAGGAGGUGUCGAGCGAGACCAACACCAUGGUGACUGAUGUGAUGGACAUAGACCGCACGCCGGAGCUGCUCACUUGGAUCUUCAGCGGCAUGUUUGGCAAGAAGGAGCAGCCGCAGACGCCGCAGCCGGUGGAGCAAUCGGUCGCGUCAGAAUCAUCGGGGGCUGCAGCGGGGCCCUCCUCGGGAGUUGCCGCCGCCUCCAGCGGGGCUGCCGCGGGCCGCCCCUCUGCCCCCGCCAGCGCGGAGAUCCCAGCCCCCAGUACGUCUGGCCGUACAGAGCUUGCCACCAUCGGCGGCGGCUGCUUCUGGUGCAUUGAGGCCUGUUUCAGGGAGAUGGUGGGGGUCUCGUCGGUGACCAGCGGCUACGCGGGGGGCCACGUGGAGCGGCCCACGUACCAGCAGGUCCUCACCAAGAAGACAGGACACGCAGAGGUGGUGCAGGUGGAGUUCGACCCAACACAGCUGUCAUAUCGCGACAUCCUGCAGAUCUUCUUCACGCUGCACGACCCCACCACGCCCAACCGCCAGGGCAACGACGUAGGGCCGCAGUACCGCUCCAUCAUCCUCACACACAGCGACGAGCAGCGACGCGUGGCGGAGGAGGUGCUGGGCGAGGUGAACAAGGGGCUGUGGUUCGGCAAGCGCGCGGUGACGGAGCUGGUGCCGCUGACCACCUUCUACCCCGCUGAGGCCUACCACCAGCGCUACUUCGCGCGCAACCCCAGCCAGCCAUACUGCGCCAUAAUCGUGGCGCCCAAGCUGCAGGAGUUCCGGAGGAAGUACGCCAAGAAGCUCCGAAGCUACGCGGCACCGGAGCUGUGAGGGCAGUGAGGGGCUGCGAGGCCUGCGGGGUAAAGCUGCAGCGGGCAGGAGGCUUCUCGUCAUUCCAAAAGCUCGACGCAGUGAGCCAUUAUUGGAGUGGGCUUGGGCUCACUUCUUGUGUGCCCCCUUCGGCGUUGUUAGGACAGUUCAGGUGGUAGCUAGUGUGGAUUUUAAUGGCCGGUAGACUUGAACGACAGGAGGACGAAACGCCGGAGCGGAACGCAACGGGCAACGGUGGCUGGGAGGCAUGCUGGCGUAGUGGUGACGAAUACGGUGAGGCUGCAGCACGCCAUGGCGGGGCCGUCUAGGGCCGUAGUGGUCUGAUUGGUGGGCGAGAGCCCAGGGCUGGGACACGCGACCGUCGAGCGCAGUGAUCAUCUGCCAUGUAGCUGUUACAGUGGUAUGCUAGUUUGCAAAGGAGGAGCGCGGAAGACUGAGAGAGGUCCAAGCAGGUCCAAGCCGUCACUUGUAUCCGAAAGUCAAUUAGUCAAAUGGUCACUUC